GAAACAUAUAUAGAGAGAGAAAGAAGUUGAGUAACUUUCCUUUCUGCUCCUAGAGAGAGAUGAGAUUCUUGAAUCUGUUAAGGUUGCGAAAGAGUCAAAACCGAAUCCCUGGCGACACGGAGGGGGAAGGUUCCGAUCCUGGUAGCGAGAGAAAGACGGAGAAGGAAUCUAGUGAGAGGAGGAGGGGAGAGAAUGAGAGCAGGCCUCCGGAUGACGACUGCUGUUCCAUCUGCUUCGGUAACUUCACUGUCCCCUGCCGGGCCCCCUGCGGCCACUGGUACUGCGGUGAUUGCAUUUUACAGUAUUGGAACCAUGGGGCAGCCCUUAAGCCUUGCAAGUGCCCAAUGUGCUCUCAGCCGAUUACCAGGUUGAUACCAGAGGCAUCAUUUGACCACUGCCAAGAUGUUGAGGUUCUGCAAAAUGUUCGGAAGUAUAACCGUAUUUUUGUUGGAGGCACAUAUGGCCUCAUUCUGAAAGUGCUUGAGUCGCCAUUUCUCAUCAAGAGAAUAAUUCGUGAGAUGAUGGAUCCUGAUGUAGCCAAUAAUCACCUUUUCAAAGUGCGCCUUUUUGCAAUAUUGCUGGGUGCCCUCUACUCUGUCUGCCACUUCGACUUCCUCCCGACUGGGCAUAUGGAUGCCAUAAACUUUUUUGAUAACUUUGGUAUUGGUGUGGUCCUCAUCCUCUACAUGAUUGGCCUCUACCGCCGAUGGCGACGACUUCGACUUGUGAGGCAGUUGGCUAUAGCCCAACCUUGAAACAUCUUGAAUAUCCCAACACGGCUGGUGCCACGUGUUUCCCCCAGAUUUCGAAGUCAAUUGUGAUCUCUCAAGUAGAUGAUGUUGUUCGUCAGAGCCCUUUUGUAAAUAUUGAGCCAUUCCAAUAUUCUGAAACUUUUUCAAAUUGAUUGGUGCUGAUGCGAUCCUGAUUAAAUUACAAAUAGGAGUUUUCCUUGGGAGGUAUUUUCUUUUGGGUCUUCUUUUGUCUCGAAUUCCGAAUAGCCGUUUUCCUUGCCACUACGGUGCCGAGACAACUAUUGACCACAAUAGUCAAUACUCGAUAGCCCUGAUAGAUGAUGGAAUGGGAGAGAAAUGGAAGUCUAUGUAAACUUUGUACAGAAUUUCUUUUUUGAGGUCUUGCUGUAAAUAGUUGCUGGUAUUUUUUUGUUUCUCAAGUUGCUGGUAUUAUUACCUAAAACACUGCCUUGGUGGCUAGAAUCUUGUUUUCCCAGUUAAGGCAUGGUUUAGGUUUUAUGCUCAAUUCUUUUGUUUGUCAA